ACCGAUAGUAACCUCUGCGCUCAGCGCAGCCGAAUCUAUAAAAGGAACUAGUCGCGGCACAAGCCGGGUAAUUCCGAGGGAGACAGAGUGGGGCCGGGACCGCCGAGCCGAGCCGACACUUCUUCCCCCGGGCGCGGGUGGGCAAGGCAGGGGUCGCCGCAGCACCAGGGCCACCAGAGCCCAUUUCUCGGGGCGCUCUGCUCCUGCGCUCCCCCUUCUCCAGAAGGGUUUUUCAAGGAGUGGGGAAAAGAGACGAAGACACAAAAGUGGAAAACAGUUAAUGACCAGCCACAGCGUCCCUGCUGUGAGCUCGGGCCACUGCCUCCACACGCCCAGCCACGCUCUGGUUGCCGUGGGCACCAGCUGAGCUAGCAUGGCGUGCUGGCCUCAGCUGAGGUUGCUGCUGUGGAAGAACUUCACCUACAGAAGAAGACAAACAUGUCAGUUGUUGCUGGAAGUGGCCUGGCCUCUAUUUAUCUUCCUGAUCCUGAUCUCCGUUCGGCUGAGCUACCCACCCUAUGAACAACAUGAAUGCCACUUUCCAAACAAAGCCAUGCCCUCCGCAGGAACACUUCCCUGGGUCCAGGGGAUUAUCUGCAACGCCAAUAACCCGUGUUUCCGGUACCCAACUCCUGGGGAGGCUCCGGGCGUCGUCGGAAACUUUAACGAAUCCAUUGUGUCUCGCCUGUUCUCAGAUGCUCAGCGGCUUCUCUUAUAUAGCCAGAGAGACACCAGCAUGAAGGACAUACACAAGGUUCUGAGAACACUGCAGAAGAUCGAGAGCAACAGCUCAAGUUUGACGCUGCAGGAUUUCCUGGUGGACAAUGAAACCUUCUCUGGAUUCCUGAAUCACAACCUCUCUCUGCCAAGGCCUACUGUGGACAGAAUGCUGGGGGCCGAGGUCAGCCUUCGCCAGGUAUUUUUGCACGGCUACCAGUUACGUUUGACCAAUCUGUGCAGUGGAUCUAAGUUAGAAGAGGUGAUCCAACUUGGUGACCAAGAAGUUUCCAGGCUCUGCAGCCUGCCAGGGGAGAAACUGGAGGCCGCAGAGCGAGUGUUUCUUUCCAACUUGGACAUUCUGAAGCCCAUCCUGACAGGACUAGACUCUAUAUCUCCCUUCCUGAGCCAGGAGCUGACUGAAGGCACAAAAAUGUUGCUGGAUAGUCUCGGGACUCUGGCCCAAGAGCUGUUCAGCAUGAAGAGCUGGAGUGACAUGCGGCAGGAGGUGAUGUUUCUGACCAACGUGAACAGCUCCAUCUCCUCCACCCAGAUAUACCAGGCUGUCUCCCGCAUUGUCUGUGGCCACCCCGAGGGUGGGGGCCUGAAGAUCAAGUCCCUCAACUGGUAUGAGGACAACAACUACAAAGCCCUCUUUGGAGGCAAUGGCACUGAGGAGGAUGCUGGCGCCGUCUAUGACAAUUCUACAAGUCCUUAUUGCAACGAUGUGAUGAAGAGUUUGGAGUCCAGUCCGCUCUCCCGCAUCAUAUGGAAAGCCCUCAAGCCUCUGCUUGUUGGGAAGAUCCUGUAUACACCGGACACUCCAGCCACGAGGCAGGUCAUGGCUGAGGUGAAUAAGACCUUCCAGGAACUGGCUGUGUUUCAUGACAUAAAAGGCAUGUGGGAAGAGCUUAGCCCCAAGAUCUGGACCUUCAUGGAGAGCAGCCCAGAAAUGGACCUUGUCCGGACACUCCUGAACAGCAGGGGCAAUGACCACUUCUGGAAACAGCGCUUGGCCGGCUUAGACUGGACAGCCGAAGAUAUCGCGGCGUUUCUGGCCAAGUACCCAGAGGACGUGCAGUCAGAGAACGGCUCUGUGUACACCUGGAGAGAGGCUUUCAAUGAGACCAACGGGGCGGUCCAGACCAUAGGCCGCUUCAUGGAGUGUGUCAACCUGAACAAGGUGGAACCGAUCGCAACAGAGGUUUGGCUCAUCAACAAGUCCAUGGAGCUGCUGGAUGAGAGGAAGUUCUGGGCUGGAAUCGUGUUCACCGGGAUUCCCCCCGACAGUGUCGAGUUGCCCCAUCACGUCAAGUACAAGAUCCGCAUGGACAUUGACAAUGUGGAGAGGACAAAUAAGAUCAAAGAUGGGUACUGGGACCCUGGUCCUCGGGCGGACCCCUUUGAGGACAUGCGGUACGUCUGGGGGGGCUUCGCCUACCUGCAGGAUGUGGUGGAACAGGCGAUCAUCCGGGUGCUGACGGGCACUGAGAAGAAAACCGGGGUCUACGUGCAGCAGAUGCCCUACCCCUGUUACGUCGAUGACAUCUUCCUGCGGGUGAUGAGCCGGUCCAUGCCUCUCUUCAUGACACUGGCCUGGAUCUACUCGGUGGCUGUGAUCAUCAAGGGCAUCGUGUACGAGAAGGAGGCGCGGCUGAAGGAGACCAUGCGCAUCAUGGGCCUGGACAAUGGCAUCCUCUGGUUCAGCUGGUUCAUCAGCAGCCUCAUCCCUCUGCUCGUGAGCGCCAGCCUGCUGGUGGUCAUCCUGAAACUGGGAAACCUGCUGCCCUACAGCGACCCCAGCGUGGUGUUUGUCUUCCUGUCCGUGUUCGCCGUGGUGACCAUCCUGCAGUGCUUCCUCAUCAGCACGCUCUUCUCCCGGGCCAACCUGGCGGCAGCCUGCGGGGGCAUCAUCUACUUCAUGCUGUACCUGCCCUACGUCCUGUGUGUGGCCUGGCAGGACUACGUGGGCUUCACGCUCAAGAUCUUCGCGAGCCUGCUCUCCCCCGUGGCUUUCGGUUUUGGCUGUGAGUACUUCGCCCUUUUCGAGGAGCAGGGCAUUGGGGUGCAGUGGGACAACCUCUUCGAGAGCCCCGUGGAGGAAGAUGGCUUCAACCUCACCACCUCGGUCUCUAUGAUGCUGUUUGAUGCCUUCCUCUAUGGGGUGAUGACGUGGUACAUCGAGGCUGUCUUCCCAGGCCAGUAUGGAAUCCCCCGGCCCUGGUAUUUUCCUUGCACCAAGUCCUACUGGUUGGGUGAGGAAAGUGAUGAGAAGAGCCAUCCUGGUUCCAGCCAGAAGGGCGCAUCUGAAAUCUGCAUGGAGGAAGAGCCCAGCCACCUGAAGUUGGGUGUGUCCAUUCAGAACCUGAGGAAGGUUUACCGAGAUGGCAUGAAGGUGGCUGUCGAUGGCCUGACCCUGAAUUUCUACGAGGGCCAGAUCACUUCCUUUCUGGGCCACAACGGAGCCGGGAAGACCACCACCAUGUCCAUCCUGACUGGGCUGUUCCCUCCCACCUCGGGCACCGCCUACAUCCUGGGGAAAGACAUUCGCUCCGAGAUGAGUACCAUCCGGCAGAACCUGGGGGUCUGCCCCCAGCACAAUGUGCUCUUUGACAUGCUGACUGUGGAAGAGCACAUCUGGUUCUACGCCCGCCUGAAAGGCCUCUCAGAGAAGUUUGUGAAAGCGGACAUGGAGCAGAUGGCCCUGGAUGUCGGUUUGCCACCCAGCAAACUGAAAAGCAAAACCAAUCAGCUGUCAGGGGGAAUGCAGAGAAAGCUGUCUGUGGCCUUGGCCUUUGUUGGGGGAUCCAAGGUUGUUAUUCUGGACGAGCCCACAGCCGGCGUGGAUCCUUACUAGUAGGCUGGGAGGGAAGAAGGGAGGAAGAGGCUUGAGAAGGAUGGCCAUAGCUAAUGGCUGUUCUUGCUGGAGCAACAAAAUUGCCGCACCAUCAUCCUCUCCACACACCACAUGGACGAAGCGGACAUCCUGGGGGACAGGAUCGCCAUCAUUUCCCACGGGAAGCUGUGCUGCGUGGGCUCCUCCCUGUUCCUGAAGAACCAGAUGGGAACCGGCUACUACCUGACCCUGGUCAAGAAGGACGUGGAGUCCUCCCUCAGCUCCUGCAGAAACAGCAGCAGCACCGUGUCAUAUCUGAAAAAGGAGGACAGUGUUUCUCAAAGCAGUUCUGAUGCUGGCCUGGGCAGCGACCAUGAAAGUGACACGCUGACCAUCGAUGUCGCCAUCAUCUCCAACCUCAUCCGGAAGCACGUGGCCGAGGCCCGGCUGGUGGAAGACAUCGGGCAUGAGCUGACCUAUGUGCUGCCCUACGAAGCUGCCAAAGAGGGAGCCUUUGUGGAACUCUUCCACGAGAUCGACGACCGGCUCUCGGACCUGGGCAUCUCCAGCUACGGCAUCUCAGAGACGACCCUGGAGGAAAUAUUCCUCAAAGUGGCUGAAGAGAGUGGAGUGGACGCCGAGACCUCAGAUGGCACUUUGCCGGCAAGACGCAACCGGCGGGCCUUUGGGGACAAGCAGAGCUGCCUUCACCCCUUCACUGAGGACGAUGCUGUCGACCCCAAUGAUUCCGACAUAGACCCAGAAUCCAGAGAAACGGACCUGCUUAGCGGGAUGGAUGGCAAAGGCUCCUACCAGGUGAAGGGCUGGAAGCUCACCCAGCAGCAGUUCGUGGCCCUUCUGUGGAAGAGGCUGCUGAUCGCCCGGAGGAGUCGGAAGGGAUUCUUCGCUCAGAUUGUCCUGCCAGCUGUGUUUGUCUGCAUUGCCCUGGUGUUCAGCUUGAUCGUGCCACCCUUUGGCAAGUACCCCAGCCUGGAACUUCAGCCCUGGAUGUACAACGAACAGUACACAUUCGUCAGUAACGACGCUCCCGAGGACAUGGGCACCCAGGAGCUCCUGAAUGCCCUCACCCGAGAGCCCGGCUUCGGGACCCGCUGUAUGGAGGGGAACCCUAUCCCAGACGUGCCCUGCUUGGUGGGAGAGGAGGAGUGGACCACGGCCCCCGUUCCCCAGACCAUCACAGACCUCUUCCAGAACGGGAACUGGACGAUGGAGAACCCCUCACCCACCUGCCAGUGCAGCAGCGAGAAAAUCAAGAAGAUGCUGCCCGUGUGUCCCCUGGGGGCCGGGGGGCUGCCUCCUCCACAGAGAAAGCAGAACACGGAGGACAUCCUUCAGAACCUGACGGGGAGAAACAUCUCGGAUUACCUGGUGAAGACAUACGUGCAGAUCAUAGCCAAAAGCUUAAAGAACAAGAUCUGGGUGAACGAGUUUAGGUACGGCGGCUUUUCCCUGGGUGUCAGCAAUUCUCACGCGCUUCCUCCAAGUCAAGAAGUUAACGAUGCCAUCAGGCAUAUAAAGAAACACUUGAAUCUGGCCAAGGACAGCUCUUCGAAUCGAUUUCUCAGCAGCUUGGGAAGGUUCAUGACAGGACUGGACACGAAAAACAACGUCAAGGUGUGGUUCAAUAACAAGGGGUGGCAUGCCAUCAGCUCUUUCUUGAAUGUCAUCAACAACGCCAUUCUGCGGGCCAACCUGCAGAAGGGGGCGAACCCCAGCCAGUACGGGAUCACUGCUUUCAACCACCCCCUGAAUCUCACCAAGCAGCAGCUCUCAGAAGUGGCUCUGAUGACCACAUCGGUGGAUGUCCUCGUGUCCAUCUGUGUUAUCUUCGCCAUGUCCUUCGUCCCAGCCAGCUUUGUCGUGUUCCUGAUCCAGGAGCGGGUCAGCAAGGCGAAGCACCUGCAGUUCAUCAGCGGGGUGAAGCCCGUCAUCUACUGGCUCUCCAAUUUUGUCUGGGACAUGUGCAACUAUGUGGUCCCUGCCACGCUGGUCAUCAUCAUCUUCAUCUGCUUCCAGCAGAAGUCCUACGUGUCCUCCACCAACCUGCCUGUGCUAGCCCUCCUGCUCCUGCUGUAUGGGUGGUCGAUCACACCGCUCAUGUACCCCGCCUCCUUCGUGUUCAAGAUCCCCAGCACCGCCUACGUGGUCCUCACCAGCGUGAACCUCUUCAUCGGGAUCAACGGCAGCGUGGCCACCUUCGUGCUGGAGCUCUUCACCGACAACAAGCUGAAUAACAUCAAUGAUAUCCUGAAGUCUGUGUUCUUGAUCUUCCCGCACUUCUGCCUGGGACGGGGGCUCAUUGACAUGGUGAAGAACCAGGCCAUGGCUGAUGCCCUGGAGAGGUUCGGGGAGAACCGCUUCGUCUCGCCACUCUCGUGGGACUUGGUGGGACGAAACCUCUUCGCCAUGGCCGUGGAGGGGGCGGUGUUCUUCCUCAUCACUGUUCUGAUCCAGUACAGAUUCUUCAUCCGGCCCAGACCUGUGAAUGCAAAGCUUCCUCCUCUGAAUGAUGAAGACGAAGAUGUCAGGCGGGAAAGGCAGAGGAUUCUCGACGGGGGAGGCCAGAAUGACAUCUUGGAAAUCAAGGAGCUGACCAAGGUGUAUAGAAGGAAGAGGAAGCCUGCUGUCGACAGGAUUUGUGUUGGCAUUCCUCCGGGCGAGUGCUUCGGGCUCCUGGGAGUUAAUGGGGCUGGGAAGACGUCAACUUUCAAGAUGUUAACCGGAGACAGCACUGUUACCAGAGGAGACGCUUUCCUUAACAAAAAUAGUAUCUUAUCAAACAUCCACGAAGUACAUCAAAACAUGGGCUACUGCCCGCAGUUCGAUGCCAUCACGGAGCUGAUGACUGGGAGAGAGCACGUGGAGUUCUUUGCCCUCUUGAGAGGAGUCCCAGAGAAGGAAGUUGGCAAGGUCGGUGAGUGGGCGAUUCGGAAGCUGGGCCUGGUGAAGUACGGAGAAAAGUAUGCCGGCAACUACAGUGGCGGCAACAAGCGCAAGCUCUCCACAGCCAUGGCUCUGAUCGGCGGGCCUCCUGUGGUGUUUCUGGACGAACCGACCACAGGCAUGGACCCCAAGGCCCGGCGGUUCCUGUGGAACUGUGCCCUCAGCAUCAUCAAGGAGGGGAGAUCGGUGGUGCUCACCUCUCAUAGCAUGGAAGAAUGUGAAGCCCUUUGCACGAGGAUGGCAAUCAUGGUCAAUGGCAAGUUCAGGUGUCUCGGUAGCGUCCAACAUCUGAAAAAUAGGUUUGGAGACGGGUAUACGAUAGUUGUCCGCAUAGCAGGGUCCAACCCGGACCUGAAGCCCGUCCAGGAGUUCUUCGGGCUGGCCUUCCCGGGCAGCGUCCUGAAGGAAAAGCACCGCAACAUGCUGCAGUACCAGCUCCCGUCCUCGCUGUCGUCCCUGGCCAGGAUCUUCAGCAUCCUCUCCCAGAGCAAGAAGCGCCUCCACAUAGAAGACUACUCUGUCUCGCAGACAACACUAGACCAAGUAUUUGUAAACUUUGCCAAGGACCAAAGUGACGACGAUCCCUUGAAGGACCUGUCGUUACACAAAAACCAGACAGUAGUGAACGUUGCAGUUCUCACAUCUUUCCUGAAGGAUGAGAAAGUGAAAGAAAGUUAUGUGUGAAGACUCCUGUUCCUGCAGGGUGGCUGAAAAAGAGGAGGGACUGCCCUUCCUUCGCACCGGGUGAGGAGCCCAGAGGAGCGAGCCGGACGCUUCCGUGGGAAGAAGUAAACUGGAUACUGUACUGAUCCUCUUCAAUGCAAUGCAGUUCAAUGCAAAUCAAACAGAAUUCCAUGCCAGGGGCAGUGCCUUUGUAGCCGAUGUCUCCUAUGGCUCUCGAGGGAAAAAGACUUGAAUUUAGUGUAUUACCUUAUGUCUAUGUGAACCUCUAGUAUGGAACCCAGAGGACAUAUGGGUUUGAAAUCAUACUGGGUUUUUUUUUUAUUUGUUUUUGUUUUUUGUUCCUUUGUAUUCUCACUGGGGUUGCAACAACAAUCCGUCAAGUCAUCAUGGCCAGUGAUUGUUUGCCCACAUCAGAAGGCAUCAUGCACACCCUCGCUCAUUACACCGUGCCAUGCCAGGAGACUGGUUUCCUGGUGCCACCUCCACGGAGGGCAGUGAGUGCCCCGGAAUUGCUAGUGCCAAGUGGGGCACGGUGUGUCACGCACACUUUUGUGGAAGUUGUGCUACUCGGAGUCUUAUCGACAUCACCAAAUAUCAGGUGACAAAAGUGGUGCCACGUGGGGGGGAAGUCCUGCUCUGCUUCCCUCGUUGAUGAGCUGCUGUGGUUGAUGGUGACAUGCAAAUUGCGGGUGGCUCCAGACAAGUGAGACUUGGCUCCAUUGUUACAUUGUCCCUCGCUUGGAGCCAUGGGUCUCCAGGGUCAUCUUGCUGGGACUCCUUAAAUGUACUGAGGUCCUGGUAAGAACCAGCACCCAAUUGGUCGGGGCUGCUGGGGCCAGGGUGAGGGAGGGAGGAGAUGGUGCCGAUGGUGCGUUUGGACCUGGGCAGGCCUGUGUCCACUCGUCCCGACUGUCUGCCAACACGGUACACUGCAUCUCAAGAUCUUGUCUGACAAAAAUGUAGUAGUAUUUCUGGCUUUUCUAGAGUAUGAAAAGAUGGAGCUGUAUUUUGACAAAAGUCUUCAUGCUUUUAAUGUUAUUUGGAAUUUUAAGUCCUAUCAGUGACUUUUGAAACCUUAGAAUAUGGCCUGUGGUGACCGCCCGACUGGUGCCUCGUGACCGGAAAACAGCAUGAGGGUCAAGAUCUCAUGACAUUACAUUUAAGUUUCUUUACUGUCACUUAAAAUAAUCUCAGCUCAUUAAUUGCGUUUCUUUCUUUCUUUCUUUCUUUCUUUUGGAGUCUGUGUUACAGCCAAAUGAGUAUGGAUGGAUGGAUAGAUGGGGUGGGGAGAAACCAGUCUCAGAUCCCCGGUGCCAUGUUAUUCAGCUAACUGGUUUACAAAUACGCAUAGGUGGUUCUGCUGUGGUCGUGGGAGCCCAGUGAAAGGCAUUGGGGCAGCCCACUUUCUGAAAAUAGCAACAAUGCAAAAGCCAAGAGUGUUUAAACGUCAUGAGGGUCACAAGACUUGAACAAUGAGUAUUUUUCUGGAGAACACAGCAAGUUUUAAAAGUUGUUGAACAAGACAGUUUGUGCUUAUGACAUUGAGUACCUUCUUCAAAGAAUUGGCUUUGAAGACCUUAGACACCUCAUUCAUACAAUCUCAAAUUUUUCAUCUCUUCAAUCACUAACCUAUCGUGAAAAAAAUAAAAGCAACAAAUGCCCCCACAUGAAGUAUAUUUCAGACUUUUCCAACCCAGUCUUAUUUUUUUAGGCAGUAAAUACUUAAAAAAUAUUAUUUUACCAAUGCUUAAUGUCAUCUGUAUUGAGACAACAAAAAUAGGAGGGAACCACUGUUUGGUGAAAUUCAAUUGAUCAUUCACUGUCACUUUUUUCUAAAAUUUGUUAACUCAAAGGGUGUAAGAUUUCAGAUCUACUUUUAAUUUAUAGUUUUUCCUUUUAAAAUUUACAGAAUGUUAUUACAUAACUUGUUGAUUGGAAAAGAAAGUGAUUUUCAGAAAUUAUUGCCAAUAUUGUUUUCUAAAAUGAUAAACAAGUAAUGAAGGCGUAUUUCCAAAUACUAGAGAUCAUCCAAUGUAUUUUAUGCUAUCUAUAAUGAUGUAAAACUCAUAGAAUAAUUUAGUUUCUCCUUGUAUAAUAUUUUUCAGAAUCAAACUUCUGUUUUCCCAUUUUAUUAGAAUCAUGUUUGAAUGUUCGACUAUAUCAAAUCCAUAAGCAACUCUUUGCUUUAAUUUCUCAGACUUCAAGGCCAUAUUUAAAAAACAUCAAAAGGCACUGUGAGCCAUUUUGAAAAAGAACAAUGUUUCAAUAUAGAUUUGAAAAGAUCUCUUCUGAAGCUAGAAACAAUCUACAAUUACCAUCAAUUUCGUUAAUACUGUUACCUCUGAGGUUAUCCAAAUAGAUACCUUUUAAACUUUCCUAUGUAAACGUAAUUAUAUAGUAAAAGUUUUUACCAACUCUUACUCAAGUAAAAUCUUUAUAUAUCCCCUGUGGAACUGUAACUAUGUGAGUUUCAGAAAAUUCUCAAGUGUUCAAAGAUUUCUGCUUUUGCUUCUUUUGGACAUCUUGGAAAGUUUAUGAACAACUGUGAAUAUGAAAAAUACAAGAGAAAACAGUAACAGAGCCCUCCAUACCUAAAUGCCCAGCUCAGUUCAUUGUUAAAAACAAACAACCAAACCUCAAACUACUGUAUUUCACUAUCUGUACUGAAAGCAAUGCAUUGUGGCUAUUAAGUAUUGCACAUCAUUCAUUCACUGUAUAGUAACUAUUGACUAAAGGGAUUUGUCUGUGUUUUCUUCGUGUGGUUGUAUAUAUCAGGAAAUUUUUUUUUCCCAAAGAGCCAUGUGUCAUAUAAUAUUGAACCACUUUGAUACUGAGAUAUUAAUUUGUACCCUUGUUACUACUUAAUAGUAAUAAUAUAGUACUAUAUAGAGUAGUGCUCUAAUUCUCUUUAAAAUUGUUGCAUCCCUUUUAUAGAAUGUUUCUAUUUACAUAGGACUAGGUAUUCUAUUCUUCCUUCCGAAACCCUAGGAUGAAGCUAUGUUUUUGUGCUUUUUCUUUAUCAUCGGCCCUUCAUUCCAAGCACUUUAUGUUGUCUGUGAUGGGAUCUAUUUUUGCACUGGAAUACCUGAGAAUUGCAAAACUAGACAAAAGUUUCACAAUAGAUUUCUAAGUUAAAUCAUUUUCAUUAAAAGGGGGAAAAAAAGAAAAACAUUUGUAUUGUCUAUAACUUUAUAUGAAGUAUUAAAAGCGUAUUUCUGUGUUGUAAUGAGUCACGAAGAAAUAAAAGCUGUGACGGUUCUAUUGAUCUAUA